CCCGAGUCGUACACCGCCGGCGACUUUGGCCCUCUGCUCUGCUCCUCCUCGCCCAGCGCAACUCUGGUGCCCCCUCCACCAUGCUGUGCUUCUGGCCACUCGUCGACACCCGCACCACGUAGAUAUCCAUCUCCUUCUUGACGUCCACUCUCCCCCACACACGACACACCCAAUGACCCAGCAGCAGCAGAAUGGAGAAGCACGCUCCCCACCACACAACACGCACAAGCACAUUCGCACGGGCGCUCGCCGUGCUGCUGCUGCUCGCUGCCGCCGGCUCGGCGCAGCCGGUCGCGCAGAUCAACCCCGCCACGCCGCCCGGAAGGGACGACGACACGGCGGCGAGCGCGAGCGCCAGCGCCAGCGCCAGCCCGAGCCCGAGCCCAAAGUCCACGUCCAAGACGGCCAUGUGGGCCAUGCUCGGCGUGCUCAUCGUCGCGGCGGUCAUCUUCGUCACGGCGUCGAUAGCCUACUGCCUGGGCUUCAAGAAGAAGCGUAAUCAGAAUAGGCGGGACGCAGCCGUCGGGGCCACCAGGGGAGCUGCCAGACCGCGCGUUCGCCGCCGGGAGCGCGACCCCGCCGACAUGAGCGUGAUCGAUCUCCCGCUGUACACCAACGAGCCGGCACACGACGAGGUCCAGCUGCUGAGGCGGCAUAACACGUUGUCAGAAGCAGGCCACGCAGCGCCAGAAUAUCUCUCGCCGACGGCCGGCGUACCGCCGUACGCAUCGCAACUAGGGCACGGCGACGACGAGGAGGGGCUGGUCUCGGAAGACGGCCACGGCAAUCAGUCGGCGACGUCGCCCUCGACGUCAUCACAUGCGUCGCACGCAUCGCGCGCCUCGCGUGGCACCGUUCGGCCGGUUCUCCGCGCCCUCUCGACGUCCGAGUCGGCGCUGAGCCAUGCAUCGCGCGGGCCGGGGGGGCCGGCAUCAGCAGGCCCGUCGCGCUCAGCAGCGGCGCCUUACUCGCCCAUCCUUGCGCGGCGUGCGUCUCUCUCGGCGUCGCAGGCAUCGCAUGGUAACGGUAACGUGUCGCGGCACGCCUCGGUGCGGAGCGUACGCUUUGAAGCAGCUGAGCCCGUGACCGCGCCGCCAUCACGCCAGCCGUCCAAGGCAAGCAUAAAGCAGCGGCUUGGAGCGUGGGCCGAGUCGUACGUCGCGCUAGGGGAUCAAGACGACGACGACGAGAGGAUUGGAGAAGGCAGAGGCGUGCGCGAUCCGUGGAGCCCGCUAAGUAUCCGCCAUGCCGCCUCGGCAACGUCGCCGUCGUCCCCGAACUCGGCGUCCUCGCACACCACGUUCAUCACCGCCCCGAGUAGCCUGUCGCGCCGCAGCACCGCCGACUCGAUCACCGAGGCGCGGGUCGCCACUGUGUCGAGAGGGAGAGUGGCGAGGGCUGUCAUUGCCGCUGGGGAGAGGGAGGUGGUGUUCGAGGCGCACGAGGAGGAGAUGCUUGCCGAGUCGCAUGACGAGGGGCAUGAGGAGCUGUCGCAGCAGCGGCCGCAGAGCGAGCAGCAGCAUGCAUGAGUUGUGG